UCGAUGAAUUAAAAAAGGGGUGAAUAGGUUUAAGCCAAGAAAGCUAUAUAUAUAUACUGGAAAUGAGCUAAGCAAAUGAUACGAAGAAGAAAAGAAGAUGGGGCUACAAGGUCAGCUCAGCGACGUCUCUUCCGAUUCACUCCCUCUCAUGCUCCUCUCUCUCCUCGCCGUAUUCCUCAGCCGUCUCCGCUCUUUCCUCCUCCCUCCCUGCGAUUCCGCUUCUAAUCUCCCCCUCGACGACGGCUCCAUCAUAGCCUCGGGACUCGCCAACACAAUCGUCCUCGCCGAUCAGCUGAGCCUGAACCGGCUCUCCUCGUACCGGAGCGCAGGCGAAGACGGUUCAGACUGCGUCGUGUGUCUGUCGAAGCUGCAUGAAGGAGAGGAGGUGAGGAAGCUGGAGUGUGGACACGUGUUCCACAAGCGGUGCUUAGAGGGAUGGCUUCACCAUCUCAAUUUCACGUGUCCUUUAUGUAGAUGGGCUUUGGUCGCUGAUUGUUGCGUUUCCCGAACGCAGCGGCGCGUUGGGAGGGAUUUGAUCUCGUGCUUCUCUCUCCAUUAAUUCAGGCGUGUGACCGGAUCGGAAGAUUUCAAUCCAACGGCGGUAAUUCACCCAUCUUUAAUUGUCCUUUAUAUAUAUGAAUUAUUUAG